CCUGGGUGUCAGGGCCCCGGGAGGUAAUGCCCCUGAAGGCGGGGAACGUGGCAGAGGCCGAGGCGGGUGCCGAGGAGUACAGCCCUGAAGAGUACGGCCGGGAGGAGCCGGGCGCCGAGAGGGAGAUGGAGGCCGGGCGGCCGCGGCCGGUGCUGCGCUCGGUGAACUCUCGCGAGCCGAGCCAGGUCAUCUUCUGCAACCGCAGUCCGCGCGUCGUGCUGCCCGUGUGGCUCAACUUCGACGGCGAGCCGCAGCCCUACCCGACGCUGCCGCCCGGCACGGGCCGCCGCAUCCACAGCUACCGAGGUCACCUUUGGCUCUUCCGAGAUGCAGGGACAUAUGAUGGGCUUCUGGUUAACCAAACUGAACUCUUUGUGCCAUCUCUCAAUGUUGAUGGACAGCCUAUUUUUGCCAGCAUCACACUGCCAGGUACUAAUGUUCCAUGUCACUUUUUAAAGAGACAAGGCUGUUGUAAUAAGUAGAGGAUAGGCCACUUGAAGGAGCCAAGG